UGAGUGGAAAAGAUGUUCACUGGUAUACAUGAUGCUCUUAUUAGUAGUCUAUGGACCUUCAUUUCAUUAGAUUAGUCAUAAAGAAAGUUGGCUGUUAGUUAUUAUGGUGUUGGGAAAGAAAAGGGACGAGAUGAAAUGAAUGAGAUCAUAUUGCUACGUGUAAAUAAUUUAGUGGAUGCUAUAGUGUUCCAAAAAUAAGAGACGAGAUGAAAUGAAUCAGUGAUAGAAAAGCUUGCUUCCUCCGAUCUCGGCAAGAGAGAGAGAGAGAAUGGAUCAGAUCUUGAACAAGGUGGGAUCUUACUGGUUAGGUCAGAAGGCGAACAAGCAGCUCGGUUCCGUUGGUGACGAUAUCAACUCUCUGUCUAACAGCAUCCAAGGAGGAACAAAAUGGUUGGUGAACAAAAUCAAAGGGAAAAUGCAGAAGCCAUUACCCGAGUUACUCACAGAGUUUGGUUUGCCUAUUGGGAUCUUUCCACGCGAUGCAACCAACUACGAGUUCAAUGAACAGACAAAGAAACUCACCGUCUUCAUUCCAACAAUCUGCGAAGUCGGCUACAAAGAUUCAUCAGUCUUGAGGUUCACCACAACGGUUACAGGGUUUCUCGAGAAAGGAAAGCUAGCUGAUGUUGAAGGGAUCAAAACUAAAGUAAUGAUAUGGGUUAAAGUCACAAGCAUCUCAGCAGACUCGUCGAAGAUCCAUUUCAACGCGGGGGUGAAGAAAAGCAGAAGCCGUGAUGCUUAUGAGGUUUUGAGAGAUGGCGUUGAGAUUGACAAGUUCUAGCUCUGUUUUUGCAGAAACCAAUUCUUUUAUUCUCUUUAUCUCUUAUGUCCUAUAUUUCAAUCUUCUUAUCUUUCAAGCUCUGUCUUUGUAGAUGCAAUCAACUUUUUUGGUGUUCAUGAAUCUAAUGAAUUGAAUUGGUUUUACUAUACAUGGAACCAAAUCGAAAAAUAAGGUUUAGUUCGGGUUGGGAUACUAUGAAUUAUCCGA